CCCGCCCCCCGGCACUGCGGUAAUAUGGCUCCGUAGCGAGCGGCGCGGGUCGCUGGUGCCGCCGCCAUUAACCCCUUCGUGCCCGGCGGCGGCAGCAGCGGCGCGGGGGGGCCCCGCCGGGUCCAUGCACAGCAGAAGCAGCCGCAGCAGCCGCCGGUCGGCCGCCGCUGCUGCUGCCCCGCCGCCGCCCCUAGGAUGAUGAUGAGCUCGGCCGCCGGCCCCGCCGCCUUGCCCCCGGGCUCCGCCAGCCGGGCCUUGCAUGUGGAGCUGCCCUCGCAGCAGCGCCGACUUCGUCAUCUUAGGAAUAUUGCAGCACGCAACAUUAUCAAUAAGAAUGGCUAUCGCCUCCUGGACACGUACUUCACUCUUCACCUGUGUGAUAACACCAAGAUAUACAAAGAAUUUUAUAAGAGUGAAGUGAUCAAGAAUUCUCUGAAUCCAACGUGGAGGAGUCUGGACUUUGGAAUAAUGCCUGAUCGUCUCGAUACAUCUGUCUCGUGUUUCGUUGUGAGGAUCUGGGGAGGCAAGAAGGAGCACUUCCAGCUUUUGAUCGAAUGGAAAGUCAACCUAGAUGGCUUAAAGUACUUGGGACAGCAGAUACAUGCAAGAAACCCAAACGAGAUUAUUUUUGGUCUCAAUGAUGGUUAUUAUGGAGCUUCAUUUGAACAGAAGGAUCACUCAGGUGCCCUGAAGAAUAGUCUUCUCCAAGUGGAUCAGAACUGCGUUCGUAACUCUUACGAUGUCUUCUCUUUGCUUAGGCUUCACAGAGCCCAGUGUGCAAUUAAACAGACUCAGGUAACUGUUCAGAAAAUAGGAAGGGAGAUUGAAGAAAAGCUGAGAUGUACAUCGACAAGCAAUGAACUGAAAAAGGAGAGUGAAUGUUUACAGCUGAAGAUCCUGGUGCUACGUAACGAACUGGAGAGACAGAGGAAGGCCCUUGGUCAUGAAGUAGCCUCGCUGCAUAAGGAAAAGAACACUUUGCAUGACCGAGAAAAUGCAUUUGAGGCUGAGUACCAGAAGCUUCAAGAGUAUAAUGAAUCCUUGUACGAAUUAAGAAAAGAAUGCACUGCUAAGAGAGAACUGUUUUUGAAGACAAAUGCCCAGCAGACCAUUCGAUGCAAGCAGUUGCUGUCAGAGCUGUCUUACAUCUACCCUAUUGAUCUGAAUGAUCAAAAGGAUUACUUUGUUUGUGGAGUCAAGCUUCCUAAUUCUGAAGACUUUCAAGAAGCAAAUCCAUAUGCCUGCCUGUGUAAGGGUCAUACAGCAAAAGAUGAUGGAAGUAUUGCUGUUGCCCUGGGCUACACCGCUCAUUUGGUUUCAAUGAUAUCCUACUUCUUACAAGUGCCACUCAGGUAUCCCAUAAUCCACAAGGGCUCCAGGUCUACAAUCAAAGAUAACAUCAAUGACAAACUGACAGAGAAAGAGCGAGAAUUUCCUUUAUAUCCAAAAGGAGGGGAGAAGCUUCAGUUUGAAUAUGGAGUGUAUCUUCUCAACAAAAAUAUAGCACAGCUUAGAUAUCAACACGGGCUGAGUACUCCAGACCUAAGGCAAACUCUUCCUAACCUGAAAAAUUUCAUGGAGCUUGGGCUAAUGGUUAGAUGUGAUCGACACCAUACAUCCAGUGCAAUUCCCGUUCCAAAGAGACAGAGCUCCAGCUUCGGCAGGUUGGACGUCGGCUUUUCCAGCGGGCUUCCUUCUCCGGAUAAAGGACUCCGAAAACGAGCCAGCACGGGAAACGAGAGACUGCAGCACAAGACUCCUCCUCCUAGUUACAACUCCGCUUUAACUCAGCCCGUAGCCAUCGCAGCCCAGGUGGGAGAGCCGGAUAAAAAACCUGCCUCCAUACCUUCCUCCUUCGAUACCUCUGCGGACUCCUCGAAAGGGCUCGCCAAGGAAGGAGAGGACUCGUGUGGCGGUUUGAACGGGGAAAACGGGAGCCUAACCGGUAGCCAAGACCGGCAGGAAUCUUUCGUAGGACAUCCUAGUGCAAUAAACGGGGCGUUGCUGCCCGCUGAGUGCGCCGGCACCGCCAGCAGCGAGCAGCCUCGCGAGUUUCGGCCCCCGCUCGGCCCCGUCCUCUGCUGCACUGUGGAGCAAGCGGAGGAGAUAAUGGGGAUGGAAGCGACGGGCUUCAGCCCGGGAGAUCAGCUCGAAGACUUUAACUCCAUCCCGGUGGAGCACGCCGUGGCGGUGGAGUGUGACGAACAAGUCCUCGGGGAGUUUGAGGAGUUCUCUCGAAGGAUCUAUGCACUGAACGAAAACAUGUCCAGCUUCCGCAGACCGCGGAAAAGUUCGGACAAGUGAGCUUGGACAAGGGGGAGGGGUUGAGAGCAGACGUUGGGGUGGAAUCAGUGAUCUGGAAUAGAGAUAAAAUUGCACUUAUUCUUUAUAUUAAUUAUAUAUAUUAAAAAAAAAAAGAAAAAACCUUAAAGCUAUUCCUAUGGUGUUAGAAAAAAUGACUUGUUACUGAGCACGAUAACACAGGAUCAUGGUAUAUUCACAGCCCAGGUAAAUUUUGAUUCUUCCAGUCCUCUUAUGUCUGGUAUUUAUAAUUUGUUGUUGUUUUUUUUUUUUUUUUUUUUAAGGCAAUGGAGUCCAUUUCUAAAUGCUUUCCUGGAAAAAAAAAAAAACAAGUGCUGAUCAGGCCCUCCUAUGAAUAUUUGUUUCAUUGAUUAUUAUUUAGAGCUAAAUUUAUUUUUGCCGUUACAGAAGGAAAAAAGUUAAUUUAAAAUUACAAUUAUGGUAAGACCUCUUCAUGUUUUCCUAUGUCCUCCUGUGUUUGCACCCAUGGGUCUUCAGCUGACGGUGGUGAAACCUUGCCCAAGAGCUGAGCACCUGGGGGAUUUCUGCACUUCCUUGUGCAAGAAUCAGUUUUAUUCUUUCCUCCACUCUCACCAUUUCUGCCAGCAGAGCCCUUGAGGGCUAAAUCUCCUUAAGGUUUCUCCCAAAAGCUGUGGCCGUUCCCUUGGGGGUUGGAGUGCCCUGAUCCUCAGCACCCACCACAGGCCCUGGGCUUCCAGGCCCCUGUGCAAACAUCUUCGAAAAAUAAAAAAAAAAAAUAAAAACCAAAAACCCAGAUGGAAAACACAGCACUUUGGAAUUAGGUGAACUUGGGGAAUCGCUCCACCCUCUGCAGAAAGGGAGGCGCUUCCCAUUAUUCCUCAAAAUUAAUAUCCUCCUAACUCUACCAUCUGUGCUUUCAAGGAGGAAUCUUCCUGCUGGAGGUGUGGGUUGGUGUCAGCUCGGUUCCCCCCGGCACGUGUGUUCAGCUGCACUAACGGGAAAGCAAAUUGCAGCCUGCUUUGUGAUUCCUGGUAUUUGUUUGAGUUUGGAUUUCAUUGCUCUUGCUUUCUAUAUUGUAUACCCAAGAAUUUGGGCUCGGUCAUGAGCUCAGAAAUAUUAAAAAAGCAAAUAUAUAGCAGAAUAAAAAACACUUCAUCACUGGCUUUUUUUUUUUUUUUUUUUCCCUCCCUGGUCUCUGCUUUCUUUUUGAACCAGUGACCUGGUCUUUCUCCUAACCGCACCGUAAGGCUAGCCGAAAUUAACUCCUCAAAACGUGGCUGUGUAUAAUCUCAACUAUCUGUUGUCGAACCAAGAUGUGUAUGUGAGAACCAGUAUCCAUAAUAGCACUGCUCUAGAGUAUGCAUUCUCCAGGUAACACCUUAAUGAUUGUAUUAAAGCUCUAUUCACACUUCUUCUGUUAGCUCUUAACAGCUCUGUCCGCAGUUGAGUUAUUGCAUUGAGCCUUUCUACGGUUGAUUCCUGAUUGAACACGAUUCCAGUUCGGGCAUGAAUUUGGGCACGUUUGUGAGUAUCGUCUCAUGAGAGGAGACUUUUCUGUUCUAGCCUCAUGCAAAGUCCCUGGAGGAAGCCCUGCAGCAGCGCUGAGCACUGCCAUCAUCUUUGUAGGGAGCUUUCCCUGUGCUUUGGUGUAGGGAGAGCCAGAAAGGAAAUGCUUGAACCAAGCACAGCACAUUUCCUUGAGGUGAGCAGAAGCUGCUCUGUCCCGUAACUCGAUCUCUUCUGAGAGCAGAACAAUUUUAGGCAAAAUGCAGCACUGAGGGGUAAAACCUGGCACACGAAAACAGCACAGGACGGGCUUAGGCACGCUGCUUUUCCUCCAGCUGUGUGCGGCGGUGACUUUCCAAAGCAACCCAAAGAGCAGCGGCGAAGUCGCGAUGCCUCCUAGGCAGACACGGGGCAUCUCGGUGCAAUUAAGCAACCCGUGUAAUUAGGUUUGUAGAGUAUCAGCCAGACUCGGGCUUUUUCUCACUAGCUGCACGUUUUCUCAGGUGGCACCCAACCAAAUGAAGUUGAGUUCCCUUGCGUUGCCGUCCCUGUGUGAGCCCUGCCUGUCACACAACAGUUGGCUUUUUUUUCUUUUCUGUGAUUUUUCCUUUCCCCCCCAUAAAUUAUUUGACCAUAGCAUAGUGGGAGGGAAACAACAAGCGUCAACCGAAGGUGAGAUGAUUUAUCACAGCGUGCUUUAAACUGGCAAGAGUCUCUCGGUUCCUGCACAGCUGUGACACUGUUAAAUGUCUGCAAAGGGAGCACACAUUUCGUUGCAAUCUUUUCCCCUCGCUAGGAAUUCCUGAGAUUUUUGAGAAUAUUAGUUUUGGAAGAUCAUAUCCCACUCUAUUUUUAUAGCAAGCACAACAGCGUCGGCUUAUCCUUGCUUGGCCAGGUAUUUAAAACAAGCGAAAACAAAAUAUCCCAUAGUAAAUGACACAUUAAAACUAUGUUGGUAAUUGCGGGAAAGCUCAUCUGUAUUUAUAAAAUAAAACUGAUUAGUAUCUCUCAGAA